GUCUAUAAUGAGAUUGGGGUGAGGCUGACGUCCGCUUCCCCCAAUUGGUUACCUUUCGCCUCUUUUGUCCUCUCCUCAACCCUCUCACCCAUUUCUUCAGCCGCACAGAAACUCAAAGCCAUCUCCCCAUUGCCCUCCAUCAACACCACAAUCACUCCCAAAACCACCCCUACCCUACUCCUGACCCCCCCCCCCCGCCUACCCCACCCUAGGAUCCAGCCUUCGUUUAUCUCAUUAUUUUCUCUUCGAUCAGUCUCCGAAUUCAUCAAUCUCACAGCUUUUCACAGCCAAACCAUUCUCUUAUUCGUUUAUUGUGUUUUUUUGCGAUGCUUAAUUUGUAGACGAGAGUAAUUGCGAGGAAUGGAUGAGAGGAAAUCGAAGAGACCGAACGGUUUCAGCAGCCGGAGCUGCGGAGUCAGCAGCAGCGGAAGUAGCAGCGGCGCGUACGACACCGUAUGGGAGUGCGUGAUCCCGUACGUGCAGGACCCGCGCGACCGGGACGCGGUGUCGCUGGUGUGCAAGCGGUGGUACGAGAUCGACGCCAUCACGCGCAAGCACGUGACCAUGGCGCUCUGCUACACCGCCACGCCGCAGCGGCUGUCGCGCCGGUUCCCCCAUCUGGAGUCGCUGAAGCUCAAGGGCAAGCCACGCGCCGCCAUGUUCAACCUGAUUCAAGAGGACUGGGGCGGAUUCGUCACGCCCUGGGUGGAGGAAAUUAUCAGGUCUUUCGGGAGGAUGAAGGUGCUGCACUUCCGGCGGAUGAUUGUCAAGGAUUCAGAUCUCGAGCUUCUCGCGACGUCGCUCGGCAAGGUUCUGGAAGUUUUGAGACUGGAUAAGUGCUCGGGUUUCUCUACCGAUGGGCUUUUGCGUAUAGGCAAAUUCUGCAGGAAUUUGAGAAACUUGCUUUUGGAAGAGAGCUCAAUAAUUGAGAAUGAUGGAGAAUGGCUGAAUGAGCUUGCAAUGAACAAUACAGUUCUUGAAAGUUUGAAUUUCUACAUGACUGAUCUCAUGAAAGUCAGAUCUAGAGACCUUGAACUGAUAGCAAGAAGAUGCCCGUCUUUGGCCUCAAUGAAAAUUAGUGAUUGCGAUGUCUCAGACCUUAUAGGUUUUUUCCGAGCAGCAGCUUCAUUGGAAGAGUUCUGUGGGGGAUCGUUUAGUGAGCCCCCUGGACAGGUUGGUGAAGGUGUUUUUAAUGAGCAAUUGGAAAGGUAUGCCAAAGUUGUAUUCCCUAGUAGGCUGUGCCGCUUGGGUCUUACUUACCUCGGCAAAGCAGAAUUGCCCAUUGUAUAUCCUGUCGCUUCCAGACUUAAAAAAUUGGAUCUCCUUUAUGCUCUGCUGGAUACUGAAGGUCAUUAUCAGUUACUGCAGAGAUGCCCUAACCUGGAAAUUCUUGAGACAAGAAACGUGAUUGGAGAUAGAGGAUUGGAAAUUCUGGGCGAAUUCUGCAAGAAAAUGAAAAGACUGAGGAUAGAGCGUGGAGCUGAUGAACAGGAAAUGGAAGAUGUGGAAGGUGUGGUCUCCCAGAGAGGACUGAUGGCUCUGGCACAAGGAUGUCUGGAAUUGGAAUACUUAGCUGUGUACGCAUCCGAUAUCACAAACGCGUCGCUGGAGUGCAUGGGAACAUACUCGAAAAACCUAUGUGACUUUCGGUUGGUCUUACUGGACAGAGAGGAAAGAAUUACAGAUCUCCCUCUUGACAACGGAGUUCGGUCCCUAUUAAUGGGGUGCCACAAACUGAGGAGGUUUGCGCUGUAUCUACGGCCUGGUGGGCUGAGCGACGUGGGACUGAGCUACAUAGGGCAAUACAGCAGCAACGUGAGAUGGAUGCUUCUGGGGUACGUAGGAGAGUCGGAUGAAGGGCUGUUGGAGUUCUCAAAGGGGUGCCCGAGCCUGCAGAAGCUGGAAAUGAGAGGGUGUUGCUUCAGCGAGCGUGCACUGGCAAUGGCGGCCCUGCAGUUGGCGGCCCUGAGGUACUUGUGGGUGCAGGGGUAUCGAGCAUCUGCAAAUGGUCGAGAUCUGCUGGCAAUGGUGAGGCCGAACUGGAACAUAGAGCUGAUACCAUCGAGACAAGAGCAUCCAGCACACAUACUCGCCUAUUGGUCCCUUGCCGGCCCCAGAACAGAUUUUCCAUCAACUGUGAGGCCCUUGGCACCUUGAAUCUUGUUGCUUGCAUAUUCACUUCUUUUUUUCUUUUUUCAGUUACCUUGUCCAUACAUGUCUUGUCUUCUUCUUCUUCUUCCACUUUUCUGAACUUAUCUAGAGACUUUUAACUAAUAAAUUUUGCCUUGUAGAAGCGACUUCAAUAAUCUUACUUCUGUAGCGCUAAAACAGGAUGAUGCUGUUGUUGUUCACUUGUUUAAAUUGUAAAUACCUAAUUGUUUGAUUUCU